GUUGAGAGUAUCGGGCAAGCGCGAGGGGAUCUAUGAGUUACCCCCACAAAAACGAGAGAGUUAUCUGGUUAAAUGGCAUUCAAAUUGCCAGCACAAAAAUGACAGGGUCUCCGUCGAUGAAGAGACCCCCCAUCACCAUACAUACGGCUCACAGCAAUGGGCGCCAGGAAGUCACCACGCGCUCUGUCCGCUCGGGAGUCCGCACCCGAAACUCUGGUGCCGACGAGCAGCCUCAUGUGGGGAACUAUCGGCUCCUGAAGACCAUUGGGAAGGGCAACUUCGCCAAGGUCAAGCUGGCCCGCCAUAUCCUCACUGGCAGAGAGGUGGCAAUAAAGAUCAUCGACAAGACACAACUAAACCCAAACAGCCUUCAAAAGCUCUUCAGAGAAGUAAGAAUAAUGAAGCUUUUAAACCACCCAAAUAUAGUCAAGUUGUUUGAGGUGAUCGAGACCGAGAGGACGCUGUACCUGGUGAUGGAGUAUGCCAGUGGAGGAGAGGUCUUUGACUACCUUGUUGCACACGGAAGGAUGAAAGAAAAAGAGGCCAGGGCUAAAUUUAGACAGAUCGUAUCUGCUGUGCAGUACUGCCACCAGAAGCACAUUGUCCAUAGAGACCUGAAGGCAGAGAACCUGCUGUUGGAUGCAGACAUGAACAUUAAGAUAGCAGACUUUGGUUUCAGUAAUGAGUUCACCAUAGGGAACAAGCUGGACACGUUCUGUGGCUCCCCACCCUACGCCGCCCCGGAGCUGUUUCAGGGGAAGAAGUACGACGGGCCCGAGGUGGACGUCUGGAGCCUAGGGGUCAUCCUUUACACACUGGUCAGCGGCUCGCUGCCCUUCGAUGGGCAGAACCUCAAGGAGCUCAGGGAGCGGGUUCUGAGGGGGAAAUAUCGUAUCCCCUUCUACAUGUCCACAGACUGCGAGAACCUCCUCAAGCGCUUCCUAGUGCUCAACCCGGCCAAGCGGGGGACUUUCGAGCAAAUCAUGAAGGACCGCUGGAUCAACGUGGGAUCGGAGGAGGACGAGCUUAAGCCUUUUGUAGAACCAGAACAGGACAUCACGGAUCAGAAGAGAAUAGAUGUAAUGGUGGGGAUGGGCUUCUCUCCAGAGGAGAUCCAGGAGUCUCUGGCCAAGAUGAAGUAUGAUGAGAUCACUGCCACCUACCUGCUGCUUGGGAGGAAGUCUUCUGAGCUGGAGCCCAGUGAGUCAACCUCCAGUAGCAACCUGUCCCUGGCCAAGCCCCGGCCCACGAGCGAGCUCAAUGGCCAGUCUCCCUCCCACCUCAAAGUCCAGCGGAGCAUCUCCUCCAACCAGAAACCGAGACGCUACAGUGACCAGGUGGGUCAGAAUGUUCCCCAAGGGUCCGGAUACCCCAAGAGGAGCCAGACCAGCACGGCCGAAAACAACAUCAAAGAGGAGGGAGGGGUGCAGCUACGCAAACCCAACACCCCCGGCGGGCGCAGUGUCCCUCCCUCCAGUCCCCUGCUGGGGAACGCCAACAACCCCAACAAAGCUGAUAUUCCCAAUGGCAAGAAGGGUGUUACCCCCGUCCCCAAUCGCUUCUGUACCACCCUGCAGAAUAACACUGGCUCAGGCGGGAUGACAAGGAGAAAUACGUACGUGUGCAGCGACAAGAACGCUACGGACCGGCUCUCUGUCAUUCCCAAUGGGAAGGAGAAAAGUGUGGCCGUGUCUCCUGGCCAGCGGAACCCUGUGGUGUCCACCCACAGCAUCACCAGCGCCACCACGCCCGACAGACUACGUUUCCCACGAGGCACAGCGAGCCGCAGCACCUUCCACGGCGGCCAGCUGAGGGAGCACCGCACGGCCACCUACAAUGGGCCCCCAGCCUCACCCACGCUGUCCGACGACGCCGCGCGCCUUACCCAGACUCGCAGCCGCGGCUCCAGCAACCUCUUCUCCAAACUCACCUCCAAACUCACCCGCAGGGUCAGUAUUGACCCGGCCAAACGGCAGACGGCCAAAUCAGGGCCUGCCAUCCCUUCUUCCCAGGGAGCAAAGACUCUUAGUAAGUCUUCUGUCCACUCAUCUCUCCUCUUCUCUUUUCCCCUUCCUCUUCCUCGUCAUCCUGGCAUUAUCGGCCUGUGAUCAUGUCAUUUUUUCUUACUCUCUUUUCAUGUAUCCGUAAAAAAUACACGCUUUUCAAGAGCGGAAGAUAUCGAAAGUUAUAGGAAGUCGCAGAUGGAGACCUAAAGUAAGGGAUCAUUUCAACCCUUAUGUCCCCACAAGAGUUAGGCUCAACUUUGUAUGUCAGAGUUCUGUGUGGAGAGAACAAACUCAUAUACAACAUGGUUACAUGGUCACAUUCCCUUCUCUCUAGAAUGUGUAUGUGACACUCCCAGCCCCAGAUACAGUCUCAGUACUUCUCUUGUCCCUCAUCCCACUGGCUAGAGGCUUCUAUCUUGCCCACUAACUAAACCCUCCAGGAAUCAAACUUUCUCUACCCUCCUGUAGACUCAUUUCAGAGCUAGUCUGCAUGUCUGCAGCACAAAACUCAUUAGGGUCUGUGGACAUGGUAUGCAGUCCGACAAUGGCCCUGUAACUGCUUGCCUAAUUGUCUUUCAAGCCAACCCCCUCUCCUCUAAAUAUAACCAGUGUCACAUAGAGGGAAGAAACAUGGGACAUGUUAGAGGAUGUCUAGAGGACCUCUGUCCUGCUGUCUGUCAACCUCGAGAAUAGACUGCAUGAGAGCUCCCACAACAGCCCCAGUCUGCAUGCACUGACCCUAAUACACAAUGUGUGUAUUAGACGUGUGGGUGUGUGGACUGUAGUUCCACUGUAUGGUUUUGUUUUUGUCUUGUUUGGGUGAAUCUCGUCAUGUCAAGAAACGUAUCCAAGCUGUCAUACCGUCACUCAACACAUUUCCAUUCCUGUAUCCCCUUGUUCUAUGUGGUCUGUUGAAGCACUUGUUGUUAGUUUGAUCACCGGCGAGACUGAUCAGUGUGACCAGUUCAAAGUCUCUUUUCCCAUUGAUUCUGCACAGGGUUCAUGUCAACACUUCCAUAUCGAGGUUAUAGAUAUUUGGUGGUGGCUUUCUUGUUUCUAAAUACUUCUACACCAAUGUGGAUGCUGACAUGAUUACGGAUAAUCCUAAAUUAAUUGUGAAUAAUAAUGAAUCCACAUGAAUGUCGAAGUGUUUUAAAACAUAUUCUUAUUUACAAUAAAAGUGACUCCAAAAUGACACACAAUACAUUAUUUACAAUUCAUUUCUAUUGGGUACAAAAUCAUCUGAAACACAACCAAAACAAACACCAAAUGCAUCGAGUCAAGCUUUUGCGUGUUGUGAAUUUGGGAACAAUGAACUAUUUACUACUUUAAUAUAAAUAAGUGAAUUUGUUCCAAUACUUUUAGUCCCCGAUAAUGGGGUGGGGAGGACUAUGUACAAAACGUGCUGUAAUUACUAAACGGUUCACCCGAUAUGGAUGAAAAUACCUUCAAAUUAGUCAUUGUGUCAUUUCAAAUCCAAAGUGCUGGAGUACAGAGCCAAAACAACAAAUGUGUCAAUGUCCCAAUACUUUUGGAGCUCACUGUAUGUUAUAUAUCUCUCAUCCUUGAAAUGACAAAAUACUCUCUUUGGAAGUCCACAUGUGUUUUUUCUCUUUUUCCUAAUCUUGCUCUGCUUCCUCUACAACUGUCAGAGUCUCAACCGAGUUUGAGAGAAACGGGAGAUUUGAGGGCUCAAGGUGAGGUGUAUGUUGUUGCUUUCGCAACCUGAUAUUUCUGUGACAGGCUUGAUAUCAUUUCACUCCCAGCUCUGUUCUCCAUUCUGUCAGUCAACCAGUAGUCCCAUCUGUCUAUCCAUAGGUCCUUCUCCCCAUGGAAGUGGUCUCUGUGAUGAAGGGUGUGGUUAUUGUGGUUUCCUCGAGUGGUGUGCUCCUCCUAGUGUGCUGCAUGACCAUCUGUUUACUGUAUGCUUUGCUAAUUUGAUCAACACCUUGUAUUAGUUUG